GGGAAGGUGUAGUUAGCUUAAUGGCUCCUCGUAUCGCUGACGUCUUUUGACGCGAUAAGUUGCGUGCCAGUGACAGAGUAACAUAUAUUUGCUCACUGGGAAAACUACUCGUCCGUCCGGCAAACCAAAUUAACAAAACUUGUCGAGCUUUUUUGCCUUGAAGUUCUUGUUUUGAAUGCUUUAAAAUAUAUCCGCUUAACAGUUACUAUGGAAGAAGUACAGCAGGGCAGCAAUGGCACUGAGUCACGAGCUGCAACCAUUCCCACWUCAAUCACAUCCUCUCAGUUCUCACAGAUAGCACAGCAGAUGUCAUUGAGCGGUUCUUCUGUGGCUGUUGUUCAGCUCCCUGGAGGUCAGUUUCAGGUUCAAGGAGUGAUCCAAUCUGCACAGCCAUCCGUCAUUCAGUCCCCUCAGGGGCAGCCUGCACAGCCCCAGGGUUCUGAUAGUGAAGAUUCACAGGACUCCUCUGAUAGUGGAUUAACAGCCCAAAAGACAAGAGAAGUACUGGCAAGACGGCCCUCAUAUAGAAAAAUCUUAAACGACCUUUCGUCCGAGGAAACAUCACACAUUGAAGGAAAGGAUGGCAGUCCUGCAUCUACAGGAGUGACAGGCGUUACAGUACCAACCACCCCAAUCUACCAGACAAGCAGUGGACAGUACAUUACCAUUGCUCCUAAUGGCACAAUUCAGCUGGCAACACCAGGAUCUGAAAGCAUUCAGGGACUACAGACCGUCACYAUGACCAACUCAAGUGGAGCACAGCAAGGCCCCACCAUCCUUCAGUACGCUCAGACGCCUGAUGGCCAGCAGAUACUGGUGCCUAGCAAUCAGGUUGUUGUACAAGGUGCAGGAGGAGAAGUGCAAACGUACCAGAUUCGCACAGCACCCACAUCUGCCUCCCUUCCUCAGGCCGUAGUUAUGACUUCUCCUGUUGGACUGUCCCAGACUAAGACUGAUGAUCCAACAAUGAAGAGAGAAAUCAGGCUUGCCAAAAACAGAGAGGCAGCCCGUGAAUGUCGACGGAAGAAAAAGGAAUAUGUUAAAUGCCUGGAGAACCGUGUCGCUGUUCUUGAGAACCAAAACAAGACUCUGAUUGAAGAACUCAAAACAUUAAAGGAUCUUUACUGUGUUAAAACGGGAUAACCCCUUUGUGUGCAGACCAAGGAUUGAGACGGUGUCAAAGCGGCACGCUUCAGUCGUUUGGACGUCGGGGUUUCUGGGAACACUUCAUUUCAGGCUGAGAGUCUCCAGUUUGUGGUCGUUUUUGCUUUGUUUUUGUUUUUUGUUUUUUUUACUCUGAAAUAAAAGUGACUUAUUACAGUGAGACUUACUGGACAAAUUGGCCAUUUUUCCCAACUGCUGUUUUUUAAGAGAAAAAAAUGAAUGCUAAUGCUAUAACAUUUAUAGUUGUGUACAUUUUUAAUGCUGGGAAGUUUGAAAUUAUGAGCUUUAACGUUGAGUCUCAGUUUCCAAAUGUAUCCCUUUUCCUUUCUUUUGUAUUUUUUUAAAUGUCACUGUUGGCUUUGGUAAAGCUACCAGCAGCUGCAGAACUUUGACUGUCUAAUUAUCACACAGACAUAAUUUCUGUUUAUCAUAUGAACUAGCAAUUCCCCUCUUUCCUGUAAGGAGGUGUUACAUUUGUCAUUCCUUAUAUUUGUGCAAUGGAGUGUAAAGGGUAACAGAAAAGAUGACAUUCUGUUUGGUUACUUGGCAGUUUCUUAGACAAUCAGGGAAGAAGAAAAAAGCACAGAGUCCAGGUAAUAUUUAUUAUGUGCAUCUUGGGAGAGUGGGAAAGAACAAACUAUGAUUUGUUGCUGAUUCUGUGACUAAAUAAAUAUAUUUUCACUCAGAA